AAACAGGACUCUGCAUCUCAAAAACAUUUAAACAUUUCACUCCAGAAUAUUUAUCUUUGGGAUAAGGAAGAACUAGAAAAUGCAGUAGACUUGAAUCCUCUUAUAAACACCACAGUAGAAAUUAAUUUUGAUAAAUUUCUACAAAUAGAAACAGAAGUACCUCUAACCGCAGAAGAAGCUACCCCUGCAGAAGUAACUAUGGAAUUCGAAAACCAUCCUAGUACCAAUGACCUUACUUUAUUGGUAAAUGAUCUGAAACAGACACCUAUUCCAACAACCCGGACUAUAACUAAUCCUUUUUCUGGAGGAACAUGGAAAGACCAA